UCAUAUCAUCUGAAGAGCGAGAAGAGAUAAAUUAUUAGAUAUUCAUUUAGUUUGGUAAGAUAUACGUAUGUUUUCCUUAUAAAAGCUGCCACGUAGCACAUCAGGUCAAGUGACGUGGCGAAUGGAAUCAAUACAUAAAUUCCAGAUAGAUACGAAUAUAAAUAGAUCCUAAGCAAACCUUGACUUCCGAGAAAUCCUGGACAGUUGGCGUUAUUUAUAAUCACAAAUCCCUAUAUGACGUUGCAUUAAAUAUAGAUCGAUGACGUGUCUGCAUUUUCCGAAAAUCAGCGAAAAUAUUUUUAACACAUAUUUCUGUCCUAAGUAAUACUUUUGGUUUCGUUUUGCCUUAAAAUAUCACUGUACUUUCAUUUUACUAUAGUUUUCUUAGACAACAAAACAAAACAUACGUAUUGUACACAUGAAUUCCAAAAUGACAUCCUGUAAGCUGCAAUGUAAUGUUUGCGGAAUAGAAACUGGACAAAUGCUUCGCCAUGUCCUAAUCGUUGACAGCCUGCGAUAGAAGUCGAAAAUUGUCAUCAUAUCCAUUGCAAUACCUGUGCUGAAAAGAUGGUAGUAAAUCGAAAGCUUCACAGAGGAAACCGAAUACCGCAUUACAGAUGUUUGGUAUGUGGCCGGUUUGGUAGGAAAAUGCUGGUUUCCCAACAAUCACACGAGUAUUACCCAGCAUCACCGCAACAUGACCACUCUGCAGCACAACAAUCCUGCCGUGUACGUAAGGUCAAUACAUCUAUACGGGACCCCGGAAACAUGGAUCUUAGUCACACAUAUCCAAGGGGACUACAAAACUUUAAAUUGACAUGUGCCAUCAACGCAGUUGUUCAGGUCUUAGCACAAACUCCAGGAUUUUAUGAUGCAGUGUUUGAUUUUUGCAUCAAGAGUAAGAAAACGGAUUUGGCACACAUUCUUUUAGAUAUCAUCCUAAAUGUAACCCAUGCACCAGGUCCAAUCAGUGCCGAGGCAUUACAAGCAGAAAUCAGUGAAAGGGAGGAUGACUUUCACUUCUGGAGACAACAUGACUGCCAUUCCUUUCUCCUGUGUCUUUUAGAGACUUUGAGAGAGGAUCUGGGAAAAGAGAGCAUGGGCUUAUUCACAGGGCAGAUUAAGAACCAGUUUGAAUGCCGGAGCUGUUCACAUAUGGAAUGUUCCGAACCUCAAGACUUUACAUCGUUAUGCAUUCCCUUAACUGAGAAUUCGGUGGAAAAGGGCUUAAAAGUUCUGUUUCAAAAGGAAACACUGACGGAUUCAAAGAUGGUAUGCCGAUCUUGUGCUAAAGAUAAAAGAAUCCAGAGACGGUAUUUGUGUAAUAAAGAGCUACUGAUUGCGAGAGCUCCCGACGUCCUUGUUCUUCAACUCGCCAGAUUUAAAGAGGUGAGAACUACAAAUGGACAUGUAGUAAUUCAAAAACAACAAAGCCUGUUCCCGUACAACGAUAAUAUGCAUCUGAAUCCUUGUGGAAAAUCUCCAGUUAAAUACAAGCUUUUCGCCAUCAUCUCUCAUCUGGGAACCAUCGAAGGCGGUCAUUACGUAUCCUAUAUACGGACAUUACAGGGCCAGCACGAUAUAACUAGGCCUACCAAUAAAGACAAGGACAAGCUUGGCCACGAAAGUCACCACUCCAGUACGUGGUACCACUGUACUGACGACAUUGUCACGCGAUUGAAGCCAGACGCUGGGUAUCCUAUUUGUUCCCAUGCCUACCUCUUGUUUUAUCACAAACUAAAUUGAGCGUUUUGUAUCAGGAAAAGAUCUUAACUAAACGCAGAACUUAAAAUAUAGACUAUUAAAGGAUUUUGUCAAGCAAAAAUCGUUUAUAUUUUGCCUUUUAAUAUUAAGUUUUCUCGAUUAAUUAC